AUCAUCUCCCGUAGCUGGUGCACAAAUUGCAAUAGAAUUAUCCACAUCAAUAAACACCUCAGCUUCAGUAGUAGAUAUUCUGAGAUUUACACUAGAUCCUAAACUCGACACGUUUUUGUUUACUUUUGCGAUCUUAAUGGUCAUUUACUGUACCAGAUAUGGAUACCUAUUCAAAUGUUUACAAUACAGCUGGUCGUUUUAACAGGUAUAAUUCACCGAAAAUAUCAGUUAAAUGUAGUCACUUAAAGAGAUAUGUCGUAAUAAGCAAUGUCGUAAAAACCAACGUUUUUUAUAAGGCGAUCUAACACAAUUCAGUCGAGACCUAUGAUUUUGGUCAAUAUAACCGGAAUGUUGUUCUAAACGAUGUCGUAGUAAACGGUUUUGACUGUAUAUGUAAUACUAGGUAUUAGACCAAGACAGUCUUGAUCUUGGUCCUGCUUGCUAAUCACUACUUUAGUGCUGUUUAAUCAUCAAAUUUUUUUCCAAAUCCUAUAAUAACUAAACUAUUGUACUUACUGAAUAAUUGGUUCACCUAUAAUAAUGUUACUGUAUAUACCAGAGAUAAACAAAAUGCAAAAACAACCAUUGAAUUAUUUCCAUCUCAAUAUCUCGUCAUUUUCGAUAAACUUAUUUUUUGUAGAACAAUUUUAGUCCUCAUAGCGCUUGUUAUGGUUAUAAGUACCAUUUACGACAUCUACCUUAAAACCGAGGAUAAAAAACCUAGCCAUAAAAUAUUUAUUUCGUACUCUAUUCUUACCAAUGGAAAGUUGCUGUUUAGCACUUCAAAAAGUUCACAUCAUCUUUUGUGCUUAGGAGGACUAAAAACAUUAAGUAUCUUUUGGGUUAUGUUAGGCCACAGAUACACAUCAUCGGAAGAUAUAAUGGCAAUUAAUUUCAACGAUAUUCAAACGAUGGCAAGACAACUCCGGAGCCAGUAUAUCCAAGGUGCACAGUAUGCAGUGGAUACUUUCCUAGUGUUAUCAGGAUGUCUCAUUACAUAUUUAGUCAUAAAACCAAUGACGGAAUUCAAAAAUAGAAUAGCAAAUCAAAGCAUGUCGAAAAAAGCUUCUUCGAUAACUUCUAUUACGUUAUUAAAUUAUGUACAUCGCUACUUAAGAUUAACACCGCCAGUUGCUGUACUUUUUAUGUAUUACGUCACAUUAGCUAGACGAGUAGGAAGUGGUCCAGGGUAUAAUUUCAUUACAGAUUCCCAAAGGCAGCCAUGUGUUGAUAAUUGGUGGUCAUUUUUUCUUUAUGUAGAAAAUUACGCACAUACAAGAAACAUGUGUAUAGUUCAUAUGUGGUAUAUCAAUGUGGACAUGCAAAUAUUUCUAUUUUCCCCUUUAUUACUGUGGUCCAUUAUUCUUUAUCCCAAGAAAAUGCUUUUUAUUGGCCUGCCCUUGUUGACAAUAAUUUCCACUGUGGUAGUUUUUCUCACUGUGUAUAUUAACGAAAUUGUAUGGUAUUCGAGUGAUUAUUAUUACAAAUAUUAUUUUGUAACGCACACACAUUUAGCCCCGUGGUUUAUUGGAAUGGCGUUGGGCAUCAUACUACUUAACAGUAAAAAUAAAAAGUUCCAACUAAACAAGAUGUUAACUGCUUCUAUUUGGUGUAUUGUAUUAUUAGCUAUUCCAAUUUUGGUUUUGGCUCAACGCGAUCCUACGUAUAAUUACGAAAGAUUUAAAACUUCCAUAUGGACGGCUCUUCACAAACCUGCAUUUGCUCUUUGUAUUUGUUGGAUUGUUUUUGCAUGUGAAAUUGGUCAUGGAGGUAUAAUAAACAAGUUUCUUAGCUCUUCUGUAUUUCAAAUAUUUGGUAGAUUGACUUACAGUAUGUAUUUGGUUCAGUUUAUUCCCAUUAUACUGGACGUAGGUCAAAUUAGGACACCAUUGUAUUUCAGCCACUUCACCGUAACACGUUCAUUUUUGGCUGAUCUAGUGUUGACUACAAUUCUGGCAAUAAUAUGGACAUUAGCAUUUGAAUUCCCUGUUAGAGCUAUUGAGAAAAUAAUUUUUGGAAAAGGCAAACGGAAAAAAGAAUUAGGAAACAACAAUGGGGAUGUACCAACUGAAUCUUCUGUACAAAUAACAUCUAUCAAAAUUAAUCUUAGUGACAAAUAACUACAAUAAUAAAGACGUGCGUAUAUGUUAUUAAUAAAUCACGAAUCAAAAUGUAAAAAAGAAAAUAAAACAAACAAAGGCAAAGUAGGCAACUGCCUCUGGGUCCCGUACCAAUAAAAUUUAUAAUUAUUAAUUAAAAACAGUUUCAAUAAAUUUACAUCAUUUGUUAGUUGUCACUUCAUUUUUAAUUAGUAAAUUAAAACUUCGACUAUACACUCUUAUGUGGGCUCACAUAAAUAUACCUAGGCCCCUUAUUUUCUUAAUCCGGCACUGAUUAUCACCACCUUACAUUCCGUCACUUGUUUUUAAUGUAAAAUAUUUAUUUAAAUAAUAUAUACUGUUUAUUAAAGAGCAUGCUUCAUUCGUCUUCCAACAUUUUGAGGCAUUU